GUGAUAGCUAGAGUUACCAAGUUUGGCUGCUUAUAAUGACGUGGCAACUCGUAUUUUUAUACAAGUGUUUGUACAAUUUAUUUAAGAAAGGUGUUCAGCGUAAUGGCUUCGUCAGGAAAAAAAGGAAAGAAAAAGGGCACCGUCAUAUCGUUGCAGUCCUUCUUGGCAAAUGGUGAUGUACCCGUGGGAAUCACACAAGUAUCCAAAAAAGUCAGGAACCUUGAGGGUGAAGAAAGUGAUGAUGGAGCUAAUACUAUGCCUCUAGUUUUCCAAUUACCAACUGCCCCUAGAGCAAAUCGUAUAUUUGAUGAUGAUUCCGUUCCGCAUAGCCCUCCAUAUAUCGCAUACUUAACCAACCUUCCUUUUGAUGCCAAAGAAGAGGAUUUACAAGAAUUUUUCGGUGCAACGCCAAUAGUAUCUUUGCGUUUACCACGUGAGGAAGGCGAAACAGGUCGUGUAAGAGGUUUUGGUUAUGUUGAAUUUGAGAAUCGAGAUGAUUUAAUCAAUACUCUAAGCUUGCCCGACCCAUCUAUUAAAGGCAGAAGGAUUAGAAUAGAAUUAUCUAAUGAGAGUGAUAACCAAGGUUUUAGACAAAGAGGAAAUCGUCGUGGUUUUGAUGGUUUCUCUAACAGUGGAGAAAAUAGGGAAUCUACCAAUUGGCGUCGAGACAGUAAUAAUACUAAUUCUAAUGAUGGUUAUGGUAAGCCCUUUAGUCGGGAAAGAAGAUAUGAACCAGACGAAAAUAAAAGUUCAGGCUCUUGGCGGUCUGGAAACAGAACUAAUACGAAUCAAAAUCUUGAGUCUAAAUUCAGAAAUAAAGACGCUGAAAGGCCCAUUCCAAACAGAUUUAAAAGAGAUGAUCAAGAAUUGGAAAGGCCUAAACUUAAUUUGAAGCCGCGCACACUACCUCUGCCAGUUGUGAACAAAGAUUUAGAUAGAGACAUAGAAAUCAUAGGUGAAAAUAAUAAAACUCCUACACCAGUUGGUGUUACGUCUCAAAACGUAUUUGGUUCUGCAAAGCCAGUAGAUACAGCUACUCGUGAAUUGGAGAUCGAGGAAAGAAUGAGUGAAGCUCGCCGUCAGCAGCAGAUAAAACAUGAACUUGAUCAAAGUGAAAUCAAUGAGAAAAUUGGAGAUAUUCAAUUGGAGAAAACUAAUAAGGAUUCUACGAAUUAUACCACAAGCUGGCGUAGAAAAGAUGUUGCCGUCGAAAAUCUGGAUAACAAUAGUUUAGGACAUAGUACAGAUGGACUAGAUGCACAGAAAAUCGAAAAUCGUCGCUAUGACAGAGAUGAACACCCUCAAACCAGAAAUCGUGAGCAUAUUGACCGCGAUAAAAGCAGCUACAUACAACGCGAUGGAAAACACAAAGAUGAAAAUAAGGUUAAGAAAUUUACGAAAAACGAGCGCACAUUUCCAAAAAGUCAGGAAAACAUAAAUCUACCGGUUCUCCAAACAUCAAAUAAAUAUGCUGGUCUUAAUGACGAGGUAUCGGAUUAAUCGCCUUAAAUUAUACCGUUUCGUAUAUGAAGUUUUUAUAAUUUAAAGUAAUAAAAUGCAUUUAUGGAUGUAUGUUUUUUCUGUA